CCAAAAAACUCUCUCUCUCUCUCUCUCUCUCUGAGUCAAACUGCUGUCCGUCGGUCUGUCUCAGUAAUUUUUAACUAAUCCACGAAGAAUAGAGAAAUAGAAAAGAAAAGGCGCGAUGAGAACGAACGGCGAGGUUCCACCGACAACAGUAGCACUUCCUUCGUCGACGUUGAAGAAAGAGAACUCCGACGCUCAUCCUGGGUUCUUCGGCAAGACCCGGUCGUACAAGUUCUGGGCUCUGGCCGCCAUUCUUCUCCUCGCUUUCUGGUCCUUGUUCACCUGCUCCGUCACUCUCAAAUGGUCCGCCGUUGAUCUCACCAGCUUCUCCGGCCAUACCCACUCUCACAUCCGCGACGAUCUUGAUAUUCUCGAAGUGGAGGAGAGAGAGAAGGUGGUGAGGCACAUGUGGGAUGUAUACACUCAAAGCAAGAGUAACAGACUGCCUAAGUUUUGGCAGAAGGCUUUCGAAGCUGCCUACGAGCAUUUGGUUAGUGAUAUUCCCGGCGUCCGAGACUCUGCCGUUUCCGAAAUUGCCAAGUUGUCCAUCAGCUCCAUCACUCUCGACCCGCUUCCUGCUCAAUCCCAGAGUACUAGACUUUCAAGAAAGAGCCCCAAACAAGCAGGAGAAGUCAAGCAGGCAAGUACUGUUGGGAGUAGCCGAUAACUGGAUUCUUCAUCAUGUAUUUAUGCACUUUGCCAUAUCCCACUUCCUGCUUAAAGUUCGGCAGAAAAUGGUAACGAGCUGGAGUAAUGCUGCUAUAUAUUUGAGUCUUCGAUAAUGGAAAAGACUUCAAUCCAGAUGUAGUUUACACUUGACCUUCAAUCUAGGGAUCAAAGUUUUACUCAGUUUGUCAAAAAACUUCUGUAUUUUCAAUUUUUUUAAGAGUAAUGUUAAAUACAAAUAGGUUUAUUCAUA